AUGGAGGAAUUCUUCUUGGGUUCUGAGAUGCAAACGUUGGAUGAUGAUCAAUGGCUCCUCUCCCCGUUGACCUUUGAUCAAAUCGAAGAUCUCGACGAUGACGAGGAUGAUCAAUGGCCACUGGUGGAUGCAAGAAAUGAGCCUCGUCUUCGGUCGUUAUCCUCGUCCAAUCCGUUGAACAAACGUAAAGGCGGUCCGACAAUGUCCUUUGAUCAAAUGGAAGAUCUCGAUGAUGACGAUGAUGAUGAAGAUCAAUGGCCGCUAGUGGAUGGGAGAAACGAACCUCGUCUUCGAUCUUCAUCGACUUUCAAUCUGCUGAACAAACGGAAAGAAAAUCCGACGGUGUCAUGCACGAGAGAACUGGAUGAUCCUCGUCCCAUAUGCGAGUCGCUGUCCACUGAAGACAUAAUGCGACUCGCGGGGACGAGGAUGAUCCAGCUAUCAUCCAAAGUAAAGGACAUCGCUUUCGAUUCUUCUCUUUCUGGACUCUCGGAUCGAGAAGUUCGAAACGUGGAGCUAGCAGAGUACCUCAUGUCCGCGGCCGAUAAGGUUCGAACUCGUCAGUUCGACCAUGCCUCGGGCCUGCUAGGUCUGUGCAACAGUCUGGCCCCCAGCGAUGGGAACACAGUCGAGCGAGUGGUACAUUGUUUCUCCAAAGCCCUCCGGACCAAGAUAGCCAAAGAAACCGCGACAACCUACGACAUGACGAACAACAAGGAGUUCGUGAUCGACGAGAAUCAGCUGAUUUCCGACAAGACAUUCAUGACGUUCCACCAGACCGUGCCCUUCCACCAGGUACAACACAUAGCCGCCACGCAGGCGAUUCUGGACAACGUGGAGAGGGCGACGAAGAUCCACGUCGUGGAUCUCCAGAUUCGAAACGGGCUCGAGUGGAUAACUCUCAUGCAAGCUCUGGACUCACGCCAAGAAUACCCCGUAGAGCAUCUCAAAAUAACCGCUCUGGUCAUAGGGAGCGGCAGCGCAAUUGAAAAUACUAAACGUACGGGCGACCAGUUGAAGAGUUUCGCCGAAACGAUCAACAUCCCGUUGUUUUCUUUCCACGUGGUCCAGAUCCCAGACCUGAGGGACUUUCGGGCCGGUCUCUUCGAGACCGACCCGGAGGAGGCCCUUGUGGUCUUCUCCGAGUUUUUCUUCAACAAGUUCACCAGUCGUCCGGUCGAGCUCGACCGGGCGAUGAGGGAGAUCAAGACCAUGAACCCCAGGGUCAUGGUCAUGAUCGAGACCGAGGCGAACCACAACUCCCCCUCCUUCUCCUCCCGAUUCGUCGAGACGUUGUUCCACUACAGCGCCUUCUUCGACUGCCUCGAGGCGUGCAUGUCGCCGGAGCACGAGCCGGACCGGAGGAUCAUGGAGACCGUGAUCGUCACCGAGCUCGUGACGAACAUGCUGGCUGCCGAGGGGGAGGAGAGAGGGAUGAGGUCUGUGAAGCUGGACACGUGGAGGUCGUUUUUCGCUAGGUUUGGGAUGGUGGAGCAGGAGCUGAGCGAUGUCCUUCUCUACCAGGUGAAAUUGGUCACCGGAAAAUGUUCCGGUUGGAAGUUUUGCACGACGAAUUGGGAUGACGGCAGCUUGACGAUAGGGUGGAAAGGGACUCCGAUGACGUCGGUUUCCGUUUGGAAGUUCGUUCGGACGGCUAGGCUCGUUAGUGGGCCCAAAGAUUUGGUGGUGGAGUUCGUGUAA